AUGAUUAUUCCAAAAUUAUCGGUUAUUGUUUCCUUGUUAUGCUCCGUGACAAUUUCGUACGGUGCACCUAAUUCGUUCGGUAUACCCAGUAAUUUCGAUCCAAUUAAACACGUCCUUCUCAUCUCAAUCGACGGUCUCCAUCAAAAGGAUGUUGACGUGUUUACCAAAUCCAAUCCGAACUCUGCUAUUGCCUCCCUUCUUAAAAAUGGUGUAUAUUUCAACAAUGCUACAACCUCCUUACCCAGUGAUUCCUUUCCCGGUCUCACAGCUCAAGUGACAGGUGGCAGACCAGGAACUACUGGUGUUUGGUACGAUGAUGCAUGGGAUGGUACAUAUUUCGCACCCGGCAGCAAUUGUAAAGGAACUCCUGGUUAUAACACAGUUUGGGACGAAUCACUUGACGCCAAUUCUACUGCGGUGUUUACAACCCUCGAUGAAAGUAAGUUGCCAUUAAGAAUUGUCGGAGGUCAAUGUCAAAAAGUUGAGCCUUGGCAAUUUCUUCGAGUCAACACUAUCUUUGAGGUCGCCAAGAAACACAAUCUUGUAACAGCUUGGUCCGAUAAACUACCUGCCUACUCCUUUAUUCGUGGUCCUUCCGGAACUGGUGUUGAUGAUUUGUAUGUUCCCGAAAUCAAUGGGGUCAAUAAAACCGAUAUCCAAGCCGUUGAAGGCUAUGAUAAACUUCAUAUCGCUGCUGUACUCAAUUGGAUCAAAGGUCUAAAAUCGGAUGGCAAGACACCUUUCACGGUCCCAUCCAUCUUCGGUUGCAAUUUCCAAACUGUCAGUGUUGCUCAAAAAGCUGUUGGUUAUAAGGAUGCUGCAGCUAAUCCUACAGAUGAUCUCCUUAAGGCUUUCUUAUUUGUAGAUGAUGCUAUUAAACAAUUCAAGGAUGCUUUGGACCAAGCAAAGUUAUCGCAAAACACAAUUAUCAUCCUUUCCGCAAAACAUGGUCAAUCUCCUAUAGAUCAAACAAAAUUAAAGAAAAUUUCUCCUGAUGCAUUAACAGCUCAAGUUGGUGUUCCAAUCAAUCAACUAACGACGGACGAUGUUGCGCUCUUCUGGUUGAAAAAUCAUUCCGAUUCAAAAGUUGCUGCGGACAGACUUCGAGCUAAUGCCACUGCUCUCGCCAUUACAACAGUCUAUGAAGGUGACAGUCUUAAGAGUGAAUUUUCUUGUGACCCACUUAAAGACCCUCGAUGCCCCGAUAUUGCAAUAAAAACCAAUCCCGGUGUUAUCUACGUUAAGCCAUCCGCAACUAAGAUUGCCGAACAUGGUGGUUUUAACGAAGAUGAUAUCCACGUUCCAAUUAUCGUCGCCAACCCCCUGAUUAAUGCUAGAGUUGAUUCUCGCCCUGUUGAAACUCGCUCGAUUGCGCCUUUCAUUCUCGCCGUUCUCGGCGUCUCGCCAAUUGAAUUGGAAGCCGUCGUUAUUGAGAAAACUCCAAUUCUUCCGGCUCUUUAA